AAUUUAAAUAGAUCCAAAAGUCUCAUGGAGAUGAGCAGACAGGUCGAUGACAUGAAAAACAUGGAAGGACAUUUUUAAUUUGCACAAAUGUUUGGAAGGUGAAUCUCCUCAUGACCGGUGCACAGAAACCUCAGCUGUUUAGAGUUUGUUUCAAAGACAGUCCACUAUGUUUACACGGUGGCUGCUGGCCCUGGUGGCCCGCGUGGGCCUCAUCGUUGUGGGGCUCUGCUGCUGUUUGUCCUUGUUCUACCUGCUGGCCUGCAAACCUGCGUCUUACGGCCACCAGCAGUCUUUGUUGUGGUCUGGAGGGGCCAACAGUAAGGAAAGAUACCUGGCUCUUCUGCAGGAGAGGGAGGACUCUCACAGGCAUUAUAUCAACAGUCUGACCAAGCAGAUUACCCAACUGAAGGAGGCACUCCAGGAGAGGACGCAGCAGCUCCACGAGUCUCUGGACAAAGCAAAAAAUAAAGGAAUCCUGCCUCAGGGUCUGGAGAGUUUGCACAAAACCCCAACACAGUCUGACCUCAAGGAGUUUUUUCAUUCCCAGCUGAACCAGGCAGAGGUCAGCUCAGGUGUUAAGCUGUCCAGUGAAUACGCCGUCAUUCCUUUUGACACAUUCACUCUGCACAGAGUUUUCCAGCUGGAGACGGGGCUGACAAAACAUCCUGAAGAGAGGCCUGUGAGAAAGGACCGCAGGGACGAGCUGAUCACCACAGUGGAGACAGCGCUGCAUGUCCUAAAUGGACCUCAUCAACACACAGACCGCAACAGGGGGAAGAGAACGUUCGGACCGUCAGACUUCAUAGAAGGGAUAACUCGUACAGAGAGGCACAGAGGAACCACUUAUGAGCUGACCUUCAAAGGCAGCAGCCCACAGGAAUUCACUCAGCUUGUGCUUUUUAGGCCUUUUGGUUCCGUAAUGAAAGUUAGGAGUGAGAUUGUGGACACGAGCAGAACACUUAUCAACAUCAUUGUACCUCUCUCUAAGAGGCUGGACGCUUUCAGGCAGUUCAUUGGUAAUUUCAGGGAAGUUUGUAUCCAGCAAGACAGGCGGGUUCAUCUCACAGUUGUUUACUUUGGCCGGGAUCUGAUCAACCAGGUGAAAACUGUUCUGGACCAGAUCACCAGAGAGACUCGAUUCAGGAGCUUCACACUGAUCCAGAUGAACGAGGAGUUUUCUCGGGGUCGAGGGUUAGAAGUGGGAGCCAGAGCAUGGAGGCACCAUCAGAACGUCCUGCUGUUCUUUUGUGAUGUUGACAUCCACUUCACAGCUGACUUCUUAACUUCCUGUCGUCUCAAUGCGGAGCCUGGUAAGAAAGUGUACUACCCUGUGCUGUUCAGCCAGUACAAACCAGCCAUUAUCUACAGUAACCAGACACACAUCCCCUCCAUUCAACAGCAGCUGGUGAUAAGGAAGGAAACUGGUUUCUGGAGAGACUUUGGCUUCGGAAUGACAUGUCAGUACCGGUCCGAUUUCAUCAACAUUGGUGGUUUUGAUCGUAACAUCAAAGGUUGGGGGAUGGAGGACGUGCAGCUGUACAGGAAGUACAUGCACAGUAAAAUCAUGGUGAUUCGCUCCCCGUCUCGUGGCCUUUUCCACUUAUGGCAUGAAAAGGCGUGUGCAGAUGAGCUUCCUCCAGACAAGUACAAGAUGUGCAUGCAGACAAAGGCCAUGAGCGAGGCCUCACAUGGACAGCUGGGGGAGCUUUUCUUUCAACAGGAGAUUGCGGCUCAUUUGAAGAAGCAGGAAAUUAACAGCAGAAUGUGAAGAAGGAUCAGGACCAAAACAGACUAACAUAUAUUCAUGGUGAUCCAACUUCCUUUAAGCUGAAGGUCUGGAAGGCCAAUUAUGUCAGUGUUAUUGUCAUAUCAACUGAAUUGACUUAUCCAUAAAGACCACAAAGGCUGCAGCUAGUGUAUGCUGGAAUACUGUAAAAGAGUACUUUAGUCUGAUUUUCAUGUUUAGUCACUACUUAAGUAACCUGAAAUGAUUUUUGUCUGUUGUCACUCAAAACAGAAUUAAAUAUUAAAUGUAAACUGCCAAUAUGGUUGAUCUACUUGAUGUUAUUUAAAAGUGAGUUAAACGUUUGGUUGGUAUUUUAUUAUGGUUUGUUGUAUUAUAUAUUUAUUAUGUAGUUAAAAUCUUGUGAUGAUUAAAGUUGAUGUAACUUGAAAUGGAAAUUUAGAAAUAAAAAUUGAAAGACACAAUGUACUUGACCAAUCUUUCAAGGAAGGCAACCU